AUGACUCAUUGCAUACAUAAAAAUUUUUCGAUUUUUAAAAAUAGAAUUUCUUACAAUACUACAAAUGAUUCUUAUUAUGAAAAUGGGAUUACAAAAAAUAAAUAUCUCGAAUUUUGGGAUAAAGGUGCUUUAGAAUACGAUAAUAUUAUUUAUGUACCUGCCUAUGGACAUAAUAGAGUAUUUUUAUCUAGCUUUAAUUCAAAUAAAUUAGGUUAUAUUAUAUGGAAAUUUGAUUAUAAUGAUCCUUAUAAACAACAGCAAUCUUUUCUUUAAUAUUCAAAUCAGAUUAUAUAUUAUUUGACUCCGCCACCGUUGAG